UGAAGAAGCUCUAUUUGAGUUGCGGCAACCAGCUACAAAAGAAGGGGACUCCUGGUUCUUAGAACUUUCCAUCUACUCAUUUAAUUCUUGGAACAAUCCUAUGAGUUAUGCCUUCUUGUGACUCUGACCUUCCUCAGAAGGACCCAGAGAAAAUGACCAGGUUCCAGGAGGCAGUGACAUUCAAGGACGUGGCUGUGGUCUUCACUAGGGAAGAGCUGGGGCUGCUGGACCUUGCCCAGAAGAAGCUGUACCGAGAUGUAAUGGUGGAGAAUUUUAAGAACCUGGUUGCAGUAGGGCAUCUUCCCUUCAAACCAGAUAUGGUAUCCCAGUUGGAAGUAGAAGAAAAACUUUGGGUAACAGAAACAGAAACCCAAAGAAAUGGUCAUUCUGGUGAGAACCGCGCAGCUUUUCUUUCAGGUGGCAAGAAUCAAGAUAAUAUGGAGACUUUCCAAAAAUUUGCAUUAAAAUACCUUUCACAUGAAGAGCUAUCCUGCUGGCAAAUCUGGAAACAGGUUGCCAAUGAAUUAACCAAGUGUCUUCAGAGGAAGAGUUCCCACUUACUACAAGGUGACUGUAUUCAGGUUUCUGAAAAUGUGAACACUAUAAUGAAUUGUAAAGGAGAUAGCUCUAUUUAUAUUGAAAAUCAAGAGUUUUCAAUUUUGAGAACCCAGGAUCUUCUCACGAAUACAUAUCUGAGUGAGUCACAGAAUCUGAGUAGAGGUAAGCAAAUUGAUUUGAAAAAUAACCUGCAUGUGUGUGAAGACUUCAUGAAGAAAUCAUCAUCUAGUGAGCAUAUUAAAACUGACACAGAACCAAAACCCUACACAUGUCAAGAAUGUGGCAAAAAGACUAGCCAUGACGUUAAUCAGCAAUUACUCUUAGAGAAACCACAAUCAUGUAGUGAUUGUGGAACGGGCUUGAGUGAUAGCCCAGUGCUUCCUCUACAUCUGAAUGUUCAUAUAGGACAAAAAUGCUUCCGUCCAAGCUCAUGUCUGCAAACUCAGAGAAUUCACCCAGUAGAGAAACUUGAUAAAUGUCGUGAAUCUGGUGACUGCUUCAGUAAGAAUUCUUUUCAUUCUUAUCAAUCUAAUCAUACAGGAGAAAAGUCCUAUAGAUGUGACAGUUGUGGCAAGGGAUUCAGUAGCAGCACAGGUCUUAUCAUUCAUUAUAGAACACAUACUGGAGAAAAACCUUAUAAAUGUGAAGAAUGUGGUAAAUGCUUUAGUCAAAGUUCAAAUUUUCAGUGCCAUCAAAGAGUCCACACUGAAGAAAAACCAUACAAAUGUGAAGAGUGUGGUAAGGGCUUCGGUUGGAGUGUUAAUCUCCGUGUCCAUCAGAGGGUGCACAGGGGUGAGAAACCCUAUAAGUGUGAGGAGUGUGGUAAGGGCUUCACUCAGGCUGCACAUUUUCACAUACAUCAAAGAGUCCACACUGGGGAGAAACCCUACAAAUGUGACAUAUGUGGUAAAGGCUUUAGUCACAAUUCACCGCUAAUAUGCCAUCGGAGAGUCCACACUGGAGAGAAGCCAUACAAAUGUGAGGCAUGUGGGAAAGGCUUUACCCGUAAUACAGAUCUUCAUAUCCAUUUCAGAGUUCACACUGGAGAGAAACCCUAUAAAUGUAAGGAGUGUGGCAAGGGCUUCAGUCAGGCUUCAAAUCUUCAAGUCCAUCAAAAUGUCCACACUGGAGAGAAACGAUUCAAAUGUGAAACGUGUGGGAAAGGUUUCAGUCAGUCUUCAAAGCUUCAAACCCAUCAGAGAGUCCACACUGGAGAAAAGCCAUAUAAAUGUGAUGUGUGUGGUAAGGACUUCAGUUAUAGAUCAAAUCUUAAACUACACCAAGUGAUUCAUACUGGAAAAAAACCAUAUACAUGUGAGGAGUGUGGGAAGGGCUUCAGUUGGAGAUCAAAUCUUUAUGCGCAUCAGAGAGUUCACUCUGGAGAAAAACCCUAUAAAUGUGAGGAGUGUGAUAAAAGCUUUAGUCAGGCUAUAGAUUUUCGAGUACAUCAGAGAGUCCAUACUGGAGAAAAACCAUACAAAUGCAGUAUAUGUGGUAAGGGCUUCAGUCAGUCCUCUGGUCUUCAAUCCCAUCAGAGAGUCCACACUGGGGAAAAGCCAUACAAAUGUGAUGUAUGUGGAAAGGGCUUUAGAUACAGUUCACAGUUUAUAUACCAUCAGAGAGGCCACACUGGAGAAAAACCUUACAAAUGUGAGGAGUGUGGGAAGAGCUUUGGUAGGAGCCUGAAUCUUCGCCAUCAUCAGAGGGUCCACACGGGGGAGAAACCUCAUAUAUGUGAAAAGUGUGGUAAGGCCUUCAGUCUUCCCUCAAAUCUUCGAGUCCACCUGGGUGUUCACACUAGGGAGAAACUCUUUAAGUGUGAAGAGUGUGGUAAGGGCUUCAGUCAUAGUGCACGUCUUCAAGCCCAUCAGAGAGUCCACACUGGAGAAAAACCAUACAAAUGUGACAUAUGUGAUAAGGACUUCCGUCACCAUUCACGUCUUACCUAUCAUCAGAAAGUCCAUACUGGCAAAAAGCUUUAGAAAUGAAAAGUGUAUUACCAAGUUUUAUCAGAAUACACAUCUUCAAGUUUUGGGAGUGUCCAUGCUGGUGAUAGACCUGUAAUAGUAUUGAAAGAUUAACACUCAGAAUCUUCCUUAUAUUAUACAAAUUCCAUCAAAAUGAUGACAGCCAUUGUCACAGAAUAAAACUCAUAAUUAGAGGAGAAAUAAAGAACAUGAUCGUCUUGGUAAGCGCCAAUUAGUAUAAAUGAUCAUCUGUCAGUGUGAACA